AUGGGAAAAAAGAUUACAGUGGAUUCUGCCCAUGGUUCAAAGUCGCGGUCGCGGUCGCGGUCGCGGUCCGGAACGUUCCACGUCGAUCUCGGCAUAUCGGUCGCGGUCUCGGGACUUGAAGUUAUUGAAGCCCAUUAUCUUUAUGUGGCCGACUAUGAAAACAUUGAAAUCGUUAUUCAUCCCCAAUCUAUCAUCCACUCAAUGGUUGAAACACAGGAUUCAUCGAUAUUGGCACAAUUACGAUGGCCUGACAUGCGGUUGCCCAUUCUUUACACAAAGUCCCGGCCAGACAGAAUUUACAGUUCUGAGAUAACUUGGCCAAGCCUUGAUCUUUGCAAGCUUGGGUCUCUGACAUUUAAAGCCCCAGACAAUGUCAAGUAUCCAUCAAUGGAACUCGCAUAUGCUGCUGGGCGAGCAGGAGGGACCAUGACUGGAGUUCUCAGCGCUGCAAAUGAGAAAGCUGUCGAAAUGUUCAUCAAUGAGCAAAUCGGCUAUCUGGACAUUUUCAAGGUUGUGGAGCUAACAAGCAACAAGCAUCAAGCAGAAUUGGUGUCCUCCCCAUCCCUCGAGGAAAUUGUACAUUACGAUUUGUGGGCACGUGACUAUGCAGCAACUUUGCAAUUCUCUGCUGGCUUAAGGCCUGCUCUUGUAUAA